AUGUCUAAUUAUCCUCAGUAUAACUUUGAUGAAAAGCCUUCUUCUUCAUCAAAAAUACCAUUGAUUACAUUAGGUGCUAGGGUUGUAACACUAGCUACUCUUCUAGUGUCAUGGGGUGUGUUACAGACUAGUGAAGUUACUUUUGAAUAUGGAGGCAGACUUACCUAUGAUCAUUUUCGCACAUACAGCUAUACGUUUUUUGCUGUGAUAGCAGGAGCAGUCUACAAUCUAUUGCACAUUCCUUUUGCAAUAUAUUUCCUCAUAAGAAAGAAGCCUUUGAUAAAUCACAAGGUGUUUCGCCACAUUGAACUCUAUGGUGACAAGAUUAUAUUUGGCAUACUAGCAACAGGAGCUGGUGCAACAUUAGGUGCAACCAUGGAUUUACAAAAAAUUACUUAUAUUGACCAUAACUCAAAGUUUCAUGCUUUCUUGGACUUGAUGUAUAUUCCAGCUGCAUUUCUUUGGGCUGGACUUGUGAGCUCUGGAAUUUCUUCUAUCUUAUCAUCUUUGGGUCUCCAUAAGACUGAAUGA